AGAACAAGCGACAGUGUGGAGGAAAAAAUAAAAAUCUAAAUUCGAACAACAAACUCUCCUUAAAUCAACUUUUAAAAAAAACAACACGGUCCCUUUAAGAGCUGUGGGUGACGUCAGCGCUUCGGGUUGACUGCCUUUGUUUGUGCGGAUCGGUAUUUUAUUUAAUCUUCAUACACGCAACAGCAGAAGAAGAAGAAGAAGAAGAAAAGAAGCAGCUGCAGCAGCUCCGCGUAAACAACCGCUGACAGCAGAACUUUCACCGGCCUAUUACUGCGUCAUUACAGCCACAGAGAUGCCGUCAGACAGACCCUUCAAACAGAGGAGGACGUUCGCUGAUCGAUGCAAAGAGGUUGAGCAGAUCCGGGAGCAGCACCCAAACAAGAUCCCUGUCAUCAUUGAACGAUACAAGGGAGAGAAGCAGCUUCCUGUUCUGGACAAGACCAAGUUCCUGGUUCCCGACCAUGUUAAUAUGAGUGAGCUGGUCAAGAUCAUCAGACGUCGGCUGCAGCUGAACCCCACCCAGGCCUUCUUCCUGCUGGUCAACCAGCAUAGUAUGGUGUCAGUGUCCACGCCCAUCUCUGAGAUCUACGAGCAGGAACGAGACGAGGACGGCUUCCUCUACAUGGUCUACGCCUCCCAGGAGACUUUCGGCUGCUAGGGAGGAGGGGACGGGUGGAGGUGGGGAAGGAGGUGAAGGAGGUCAGGGGAACAAAGAAUUGUAGCUCCACCCGCAGUCAGGUGAGAGUCCGUGCGACACACGUCUGAUCCCCCCCCCCCCAAACUCCACCCUUUAUUCUGCACCUUUGUAUAAUGUGGUCAGUAAAUACAACACUAAGCUUCAGACUCCAGGGGGCAACUGUGAGCGAUUGACUUCACGACUGCUUCUGAUGAGGAAAAAAAAAAAAAAAAAAAAAAAAAGAAGGAAAAUUAAUUUAGAGGCUUCACCACCAACCUCGUGUGUUUGACUCUUACUAAUCAAACCACUUUCUUAAAAAGCUGUACAUGUUCAGUGUCGCCCUCCGGUGGUGGAUUGAUGUUUGUGCGGCAUCUGUUUGUUUCUCUCUCUCUCUCUGACCAUCCAAAAGUCAAACGCUGCACAUCAUCACCUGCAGAGUUUGACUUUUUCCUGAUGUACACCAUCUCAUGUUUUAGCCAUAGUGUGGAAAAAGUUGGCUGUAGUGAUGUCAGUUGUUUCUGUUCAGUCAGUAGCUCAGCUCGUGGAUCCGCUCACAGUCGCAGGAUAACCGACGAUUAGACAGAACAGUGAUUAAAGACACUUUUUAAAUGACAUGUGCAAUAAGAAGCCCUGCCCCCCUGGAAGGGGAAGGAGGGGCGUACGGCUGAGCAGGAAUCUCUGCUUCACAGCUCUGUCUCUGUAUCGAGUUCAGACUGAGUCAGUACGCACAAUGCCGUCUGUACCGACACAGUACGAAUGGUCGGUUCUGUCACCUGUCAGUUGUGGCCGUGGCUGUGAGUCGAGCUGCAGUAGAAACAUCCGAAGAAACACUAAGCGUCUUUUGCACGUCAAUAAAAACAAAGAGUUUGGUUUAUGGACAUUUUCCUGACUCUGUAAAAAAAAAAAAAAGAAAGAAAAAAAGAACUGUUUUACAGUAACCGCUUGUAGGCUGAGAUUCACUACAGACAAACACUGCAUGUCCCGAAACAUUUAUUUUAUUCUUAUUUUACCUUAAAAUGUCUUUUCAUUUAGACAAAAAAAAACAACUCUUGUUUCCCCAUACCAAAAACUUGACAUCUUAGAUGAUAUGUGUGUGUGUGUGUUUAAAGUUUCAGACAUGAGCUGCAGCUGUUGUCAGUGUUUGCUCUAGCGCCCCCAUCCUGCCACUGUAUAAACGUAGGCUGUACAAAGACUUGUUGCUCUGAACUGAAUCAAAGCAUUUGCCAAUAAAUGAUAGUGACGUUAAAAAAAA